AUGGAAGCGAAAGCUCUAGCAAUCCCAUCAGAAUCAAGUGAUGCUGAGGGUUGCCUUGAGGACUUAAAUAACGAUGAAAAUUCUUAUGCAUUUGGUUGCCGAUCGAACUUGCAAUGCAGGAAAGUUGCAUCAACGGGGAGGUGGAUAGAUGAUUUGGGAAUGGCUGAGCUAGUGGUAAGGAAGGGUAAUACAUGGAAUUCAACUGGAAUCAUUCAUAAUGGCAAAGUCAUGUGCUUUAUUGAAGAAAUUCUGUUUUUGGCUGAAAUUGGAGCUUUUGAGAUUUUAAAUGAUGAUAAUACACUCCUUUCCAUGAGAGAGAUUUACGAAAGUACUCAUAUAAACAAGAUGUUCACUGGGAAGCAAAGGAAGGAAGUGCAGCCAAUUUUUGAUGUUUACAAUCCUAGUAGCAAGUUUAAGAAGUCUUCCCCUGGCCAUCCAUCUUUUGUGCUCUGUCUUGCUAGAGGCCAACCACCUUCAAAACAAGAGGUUGAGGACCUCGAGAAACGUUGUGGUGGCUGCCCUUUAAAGUUCUGUAAAGUUGAUGUUGGACGUACAAGUUUCUUUUCGAUUGAUAGAGUGGAGUUUCCUGUACUUCCGUGA